UAUCGAUCUCCAAAGUAUUAAGAGGCUACAAGUCUAUUUGCUGACAGCGGACUUCAGUGCAUUCUAUCGCAGCAACAGAAAAAACAGGGAACUAAAGAUGAAACCAGAUGCCGAGUGGAUUGUUAUCACAGUCCUCUACGCCAUCACGAUGCUCGUAGCGUUUGCAGGGAAUAGUUUCCUCAUCUACAUCGUGUGGAAGAAGCCUGAAGUCAGAUCACUGACAAGCUUCAUAUUCGUUAACAUGGCCAUCGCUGAUUUGCUGGUAACCCUGGUUGUGAUGCCUUGGUCGAUUUCCGCAAUGUAUACAGACGGUUUGUGGAUGAUCCCGGGAGUAUUUGGAAAAGUCAUGUGCAAAGGUGCUGUAUACACUGCCUACGUCACAAUAACAGCAUCCGUCCUCUGCCUGACGUUCAUGGCGAUCGACAGGUACUAUGCCAUCGUUCAUCCCCUCCGCCGCCAUCUUUGGUUUCGAAAGCCUAAACUAACUGUUCCAUUUAUUUGGAUCGGGUCACUGGUCUCCAUGUCCAUUUUCCUUGUUAUUCAAACUGUGGAGGACUACAAUAAUUCUUCCUAUUGCACGCUAUCUGUUUACAUCUUGGGUGAUCCAGAUAGGGCUCUUCGAGGAAUAUACCUCCUCCUUUUCGUCGUCAACUAUCUCAUCCCCUUGGUCGUUAUUUCUUUCCUGUAUACCAUCACUGCAUGGAAUUUAUGGUUCCAUGUUGCACCUGGAGUGAAUACUUUUAGAGGAAAUCGAGCGCAACUGGAAACCUCCAAGAGAAGAGUGGUUCGGAUGCUCAUUAUUGUUACCUGUGCCUUUACCUUUUGUUGGCUCCCACCACAAGUGGUCCACAUCAUGUACGUCAUUCACGCAUCUAAGGUUUACCUACAUAUACAGCCGAAAAUCAGCUUUGUGUGUUUUUGGUUUGGACACGCUAACAGUGCCGUUAACCCAUGGCUGUACAUUUUUCUGAGCACCAAGAUAAAUACGGCAUUUACUAGGAUCGUCAGUAGAAAAAGCAGCCGGUUGCCUUCAAGUCUCGCUGUCAAAACAUCAGAUGCCGUCUUACCACCUGAAGAUGAAGCAAUCCAGAAAGAAUCGAGAAUAUAAUCUCUCUCAUAACAUGAAACUUUUAUUACCAAUUUGGUAACUGUAAAAUAGAAACUCGCUUAAAACGGAUUUGCGUAUUACUAAUUAUAGAAUAUAAUACAAACACUUAUAGAAGGUUUCAUAAAAGUUACUGCAGUAAUCCGAGUAAUUUCAUGAGAAAUCGAUAAUUGCAACUUAAUUCGACAAAAACUGUUCUAUCGGCUGGUAAGAAUAAAAAGGGAGAUCCGUGGCAGAGUAAACUAUAGGAAGAAGCAUACUGGCAUUGCUUCUUCGAUGUUUGAGGCAGUGUGGUGAGGGUGAUGAACUAGUGAUCUGGUGGUCACGGAUGAAAGCCCUCUACCUUAUUACUCGCUGGAUUUGUUUACGUUUUUCCCUAAGGUCGAUUCCUUGACUCGGUUUGUAUACAGCCAACUGGUGUGCCCUCUGCUGGUUGGGAUUUUCAAAACACUAUGAUUAUUUAUAACGGCUGUAUUCCAAUUUGAUUGAAAUGGCCGUGAGAGCCCUAUGGGUUAUUGAUGAAAAAGGAAACGCUGACAUGUUUCUUCAGUGCUCCAGGUAGCGUUAAUUAAUUGUAUUUGCAUACCGUUUCCGCGAUAAUAAUUUAACUAAGUAUUCCAGUUUAUAAUUAGCUGUUUUGAAAGGAGAUCUGUAACAGCCGGUAUGACAUACACAAUUAAAGCAAAAGAAAUGCUUAUGGA